CGAAGGCCAUCUCCACACGACAGUGAAUUGAGGUCGAGUCGAGUGAGGAUGGGCCGAGGUUGAUGUAGCUCCUUCCCCUCCCCUUCGUUAUGGAAGGGCCUCCGAGCAGUUUGUACGGUUCGUGCCCCUUGGUGGAGGACAGUUUCAGCCGCCUGUCCUCCCAGAGCAACAUCUACGGCCUGAGCGCCUUCCCCAGGCCUGAGGGAGGCUGUGACCUCCUGACCGCCACCCUCAAGGGAAAGGUCAUCAACUUCAGGUACCAGACCCCCCGGCAGAAGAUCCGGCCCCUGGCCAAGGAGGUACAGUUCACCUACAUCCCAGUGGACGCAGAAAUCGUAUCUAUUGAUGCUUUCAACAAAUCUGCGCCGAAACGAGGUCUGGUUGUGGGAAUAACCUUUAUCAAGGACUCUGGCGAUAAGGCAAGCCCGUUCCUCAACAUCUAUUGCGACUACGAGCCAGGAUCGGAGUACAAUUUGGACUCCAUCGCCCAAAGUUGCCUUAACCUGGAACUCCAGUUCACCCCCUUCCAGUUGUGCCAUGUGGAGAUCCAGGAACGGCAGCAGCGAGAGACCGUGUUCCUGCUCAGUGGCCACGACCACCAGAUCCACCUGUACAAAGAGAACGAAACGCUGCAUCAAUUUGAAGAAAGGCCGACAGGAUUAAUAUUCCCCGAGUUAACAGGCCUACCCAGCCAUGUCCUCUGGCUAGAUGUGGUCAAUAUUCCGGAUUCGACCAGACGGUUGACAGCGUUUGGUUGUCAGAAUGGCUUUGUGGGGAUUUCUCACGUGGAUCAGGAAUCGAAAGUUGUUCUGCAGAGUUGGAAUGUACAACAGGAUGGGCCGAUUUCCACUGUCCUGCUCUUCGGGUUACCCACUGAGAACAGCGAGGGCAAGUCAACCGGGCAAGGAGCACCGAGUGUCGAUUCUGAUGCAGCCAAAGGUGAUUCCUCUUUGGAGAACUAUAAUCUGCUCGUGACCUCCGCCAUCGAGCUCUCUGUAGUUUACAGGGAUGUGCUGAAGAAUGGCCUCAGUGACCAGGCCAUCCUGCCUGAGAGUGACCAAUUCGACAGCGUCCUGUGUGCGCUGGUAACCGAUGUCGACUUUGACGGGGUGAAGGAGAUCCUCCUUGGCACCUACGGCCAGGAGUUACUCUGCUACAAAUCCUGCACCAUGGGGGCCCCCGAUCCUGAGGCUGUGGAGUCGGGACUCGCCCCCCGGCUCCGAGGUGAAUUCCGGCUCCUGUGGAAGAGAAGUUUCCAGAGCCCCCUGCUCUCCAUGGCCUACGUUGACCUAACGUGUGACGGACUCUCUGAACUCGCCGUCGGCUCUCUGAAGGGGCUGCACAUUUUGCAGCACAAUCUCACCCAGACAGCCAGCCUGGUCUUAGAGAGGCUUCGCUCCCGGGCGUCGGCUUUGGGGAAGAAUUUGUCUCCAGGCCCAGGCAGUGCGGAGCUCGCCAAUGCCGAGACGGACACGCAGGCAGUGUCCGAGCUGGAGGAAACCGCGGAAAGGAGCAGCUGACGAGGUGAGCUUUUGCUCGCAAACCCCCUCUCCCCCCAACCCCGCUUUCAAAUGGUGACCCAUGUUUCACCCCCACUCCACACAAAAGCAGGGGCUGGGGGGGGGGAGAUUCAUUUCUCACAUCAGCGGUUUGCACAGCCUCUGGGUCUGGAGGAGCUGAGCAGGAGAACGCCACCUCGCCAAGCCCCUGGCCUGAAGGUGCCCGUGGAAUAGUGCAGUCUGGAAGUCGCUGAGGUUUCGAAUCCUUCCACCUUGUACUUGUUUGAGCUCGAAAGCUUGUGGACCAGAGGCCCGUGUUUCAGUGGAUAGUCUCUCAACAUUCAAACAUGUCCCUGUUCAUUCAUCGCCUUUCCAAUUGAAGUCGCUGCAUGGACUGUUCCCCCACCACCCCCAGCUUUGGCUGGCAGAUUGCACCUUCCUCAGUGCUCUCUAGAGACUAGCACCAAAAAAUACAAGAGACCCCUUUCCGAGUGUUGUAACAGCAGGAGGGAGUGCUACACGGCCAGAGGAGCCAACGUUCGCAUGAUACGACAACUCAAUUCGCCUUCCAGUCAGAUGGAAACCUGCGACUACUGACCUUUGAAAGAGGCGGACUAGAGAGUCCAUUCCCCCCCAACACAGUGUGCCAGGUCAAUAUUUAAUCUCAGUCAGCAUCACCUUGAUGCUAGAGACAGCUAGUUCUUUGCCAAACAGCUGCUCCAUUUCCAGCGUUACAGCAAUGGCCAAUUAUUCUUAAGGGAAGUGUUUAAUUGACUGCAAAGCGUUUUAGGAUGCUACUGAAAUGCAAGUCAUUCCUUCGCCCAUGUAACAUUUCGGAAAUAAUAUUCACUGUGCGUUAGUUUAAUUUAAAAAUAAUUAGAACUGUGGCACGGCUGGGUGUAUU